AUGUCUUGGUUUCUUGUGAUAUUGUUACUUAGUCAAAUAUGUGGUUGUUGUCUUUCUGAGUCUGGCCAUGACAAGAAACCUUCCUCAGCUGUUGUGGUUGGCACUGUUUAUUGUGACACAUGUUUUCAACAGGAUUUCUCCAUGGGUAGCCAUUUCAUUUCAGGUGCAUCAGUUGCUGUAGAAUGCAAAGAUGGGAUCACAGAACCAAAAUUCAGGAAAGAAGUGAAGACAAAUGAUGCUGGAGAAUUCAGAGUUGAACUACCUUUCUCAGUGAGCAAACAUGUGAGAAGGAUCAAAGGGUGCAGUGUGAAACUUUUAAGUAGCAGUGAGCCUUAUUGUGCUGUGGCCUCAGCAGCAACUUCAUCUUCGAUACGCCUCAAAUCAAGGAAGCAAGGAUUACACAUAUUCUCUGCUGGUUUCUUCUCAUUCAAGCCUCUUAAACUACCAAACCUAUGCAACCAAAAACCAAGUCUUCAAAACACAAACAAAAAGGUUCUUGGUUCUGUCAAAGAAUUCUUUCUUCCUCCAAAUAUUGACCCUUCAUUUCCAUCUCCAUCUCAAGAUCCAAACACACCUGGUUCUUUUCUUCCUAUUCUUCCUCCCCUCCCUACACUACCUAAGCUUCCUCCAUUGCCACCCUUGCCGCCUCUUCCGGGAAUAUCAACACCAAGGCCAGAUAAGACUAAAACUUCUAGAAACGUUGAGUCUUUAGAUCAGAAAUUGGCUGCACCAGAAGACUUUAUUUUACCUCCUAACCCACUUCUACCACCUCCUACUGAUUCCAACCCAUUUCAAUCACCACCAUUGAUCCCCAACCCAUUUCCUAACCCGUUGCAGCCACCGGCUUCUCCACGUUUCCCCAACCCAUUUCAACCUCCACAAUCACCAUUCUUUUCACCGCCACCAGUGCCAGGAUUUACUACUCCAUCACCCUUUCCUUUCUUUCCAUUGCCCCCUUCACCUAGCAUCCCUGGCGCACCACCUGCUUCAUCUACAAAGGAUGCAUCUCCUUAAUUGGACAUAUAUAUA